AUAAUAAUUGACAAUUCUCUAAUGUAAAUAUAUUCUAGUCAUAAUAAUAUAUUCAAGUCAUAUCAAUAUAAAUAUUUGUAUAAACAAAACACAGAACAACAUAACAACAAUGGAGGAUUCUACUAUUACUAAGCACUCCUCCUUAUUACAAUCACUAGCUUUAUUAACAAUAUUCAUCAUCACCAAAUCAACGGCUGCAGAUGAUCAUCAUCAAAUAACUUUACCCGGUUGCCCAACCAGAUGCGGACACGUGGACAUUCCCUACCCAUUUGGUCUGACACAAAACUGUUCCCUCAACAAAAACUUCCUCCUCAACUGCAAUUCCUCUACUCUCAUCUUCGGCAAAAACCUAACCGUAACCAACAUCUCCGUACACCUCCACGAAAUAACCGUGAACUGGUUCGUAGCCCGAGACUGUUACAACGGGUCGGGUCAUCGGGUACGAAAAAACCGACCCACUCUCAACGCGGCGACCCUAACCGUUUCGAGCGCCAAGAACAAGUUCGUAGUCCUGGGUUGCGAUUCCUACGCUUUUCUCAAUGGAUUCGAGAAUCGAACCACGAAUUACUCGAUGGGAUGUAUGUCGAUCUGCAACGACCGGCGUGACGUGGCGUAUCGAGACGGGGGUUGUACGGGAAUCGGGUGUUGUGAGAUGGAUUUGCCUAAGCGGAGACUGAGAAAUCUGAGUAUAAAUCCUCGUAGCUUUGAUGAACACAGAAGGGUUGUGGGGUUUAAUCCUUGUACUUAUGCUUUUGUUGUGGAGAGGAAUGGGUUUGAAUUUUCUGGGGAGUUUUUGGAGGAUUUUUCGAAGAGGGUUUUGCCGGUUGUGGCUGAUUGGAGAGUUAAGUGUCAAAACGGUUCGUUUUGUGGUUGUGAGGGAGAGAAUAGUGUGGUUGAGUUUGGUGAAGGUGAUGAUGGGAGUGAGUACAGGUGUAUGUGUAAAGAGGGUUACCAGGGUAAUCCUUAUCUUCCUACUGGUUGCAAAGAAAUAAAUGAAUGCCUGAGUUCAGGACCAAUUAAUUGUACCAAAACUCAGUACUGUGUGAAUAUACCAGGAAGCUAUAUUUGCAAGGAAAGAAGCCAAAGCCAAUUCACACUCAUUAAAAUUUCCAUUGGUGUAGCAAUUGGAUUUAUUGCCUUGUUUAUAAGCACUUCUUGGCUCUACUUAGUUUUAAAACAAAGAAAGCUAAUGCAACUCAAAGAGAAGUUUUUCAAACAAAAUGGUGGUUUAAUUCUAAAGCAGAAACUCUCUACACUAGAAAAUAACUCAUCAUCAUCAUCUUCAGCUAAAAUCUUCACAGAAGAAGAGUUAAUCAAAGCUACAAAUAAUUAUGAUGAUAGCACAAUCAUUGGUAGAGGUGGUUUUGGUACUGUCUAUAAAGGGUUUUUACCAGAUAAUAAAAUAGUAGCUAUAAAAAAGUCAAAGAUUGUUGACCAAAACCAAACAGAACAAUUUAUCAAUGAAGUUGUUGUUUUAUCCCAAAUCAACCACAAAAAUGUUGUCAAAUUGUUGGGUUGUUGUUUAGAGACACAAGUUCCUUUACUUGUCUAUGAAUUUGUUCCUAAUGGGACUCUCUCUGAACACAUACAUAAUAGAGAAAAAUACACUAAGUUGAGUUGGGAAACUCGUCUGGGAAUAGUAGCCGAAACAGCUGAAGCUUUAGCUUAUCUUCACUCGGCGGCCUCAACACCGAUUAUUCAUAGAGAUGUGAAGCCUUCAAACAUACUUCUAGACAAUUUCACUGCGAAAGUGUCUGAUUUUGGAGCCUCCAAGUUGGUUCCUCAAGACCAAUUGGAAUUGGCUACUAUGGUUCAGGGUACUCUAGGAUACUUAGAUCCAGAGUACCUGCACACCAACCAGUUAACUGAAAAGAGUGAUGUUUAUAGUUUUGGAGUUGUUCUGGUUGAGUUAUUAACUGCGAAAAAAGCAAUCUCUUUCGAUAGGGUUGAAGAGGAGAGGAGUUUGGCCAUGCAUUUCUUGCUUUCUUUGAAAAAAGAUAGAUUGUUUGAAAUAAUUGAGGUUGAGGGUAAUAUUGGAAUUGAUUAUAAAGAGCAAGUUUUGGAAGUGGCUAUGAUUGCUAAGAGGUGCUUGAGUGUUAAUGGUGAAGAUAGGCCUUCAAUGAAAGAAGUUGCAGUUAAAUUGGAAGGACUAAGAAAAAUGGAAAAACAUCCUUGGGUUAAUGAGGGUGGUCAAUUGAUUAAUGGUAAUUUGGAAUAUGAGACUGAAUAUUUGCUUGCUCAUGAUCAAGACAAUGGGAAUGAAGAUACCAAUAAUAAUAAUUCUACUUAUGAUAGUAUUAGAGAUCAUCUAUCACUGGAUUUUAGUGGAAGAUGAUUAUAAAGAGGGAACAUAUGUAUAUAUAUAAGAGAUUUUUACAUAAAGUAUCUAAUUUGUUUUUUUUUUU